AUGGUGACGGAUUUAACGGGUAUGGAUAUUGCAAAUGCAUCUCUACUUGAUGAAGGAACUGCUGCUGCUGAAGCCAUGUUAAUAACAUGUGCUGCUACCAAACAAAAACAUAGCACUUUCUUUAUUGAUGAAAAUUGUCAUCCACAAACAAUUGCAUGUGUUCAAACAAGAGCAGCAUGUUUUGGCAUUAAUAUAAUAAUCGUUGAUGCAUUAAAUUAUGAUUUCACUCAACAAAAAGAUUUAUCUGGAAUAUUAAUUCAAGCAAUUGGAUCAAUCAAUGACUAUUCCUCUCUUGCUGAUACAAUUCACUCACUGGGUGCCCAAGUUGUCUGUGCAACAGAUUUGAUGGCUCUUGCUUUACUCAAACCUCCUGGUGAAUGGGGUGCUGAUAUUGCAAUAGGCAACAGUCAGCGAUUUGGCGUUCCGUUGGGUUAUGGUGGUCCACAUGCUGCUUUUUUUGCUUGUCGGGAUAAGAAUAAACGUAGAAUGCCUGGUAGAUUGAUCGGCGUAUCUAAAGACUCAUCCGGUAAUAAAGCAUAUAGAUUGACUUUACAAACUAGAGAACAACAUAUUAGACGUGAAAAGGCAACAAGUAAUAUUUGUACUGCUCAAGCAUUAUUGGCUAAUAUGGCCGCCAUGUAUGCUAUUUAUCAUGGACCUAAAGGAAUACUUGAUAUUGCAGAAC